UGUUGGCAAGGUCGCGGGUGAACCCCGUUAUAUGCCGUUUGCAUUAGAAUGUUCCCUUCUGCUUCCCGUACGUUUAUUUUCUUGCAGAUAGAAAUGGCUCACAUGGGCCAUAUUAUCUGCCAAUAGCAGUGAGCCAUAUGCUAGCAGACGGCCCCGCGAGUAGCUGCAGGGAAACUUUUCACGAGCCCCCAGGAGUCAAAGGGUUACACAGCAGACAUUCAUUAAGAUGCCAUUAUGACACAUCAUACUCUUAAGGACGUAUAAUUACGUUUAGUUGUGUUAAUUGAGUAAAUAAAGUGUUUUUCCUACUUCACAGUGUAGGACAGUAAUGCAUUUAUUUGGAAUGUGUCACUGAAUCUCAUAACACUGAUUUAUUUGGGUGUUUUCUCUUUGACAGCAACUAUUAAAAAUCUAAAUAUGUUCAUUUGGGAUUCUGUCAUUCAUUCCUGUGUCUUCUGCGAAUAAAACUCAAGUUAGUGGAUACGUCCUUUAGCUUUUAAUGGCGGAUCAAGGAUUUCUAAUGGAAGUCUGUGUGGAUUCAGUUGAGUCUGCGGUGAAUGCCGAAAGGGGAGGCGCUGGUCGCAUCGAGCUCUGUGCCAGUCUAAUAGAAGGAGGCAUCACACCUACCAUUGGUCUGCUGCAGGUGGUAAAGCAGUAUAUCCAGAUUCCAGUAUUUGUGAUGAUUCGACCACGAGGUGGUGACUUCCUUUACUCCGACCGCGAGGUGGAAGUAAUGAAAGCUGACAUCCGCCUCGCCAAACUACACGGUGCUGAUGGGCUGGUGUUCGGAGCUUUGACGGAAGACGGUCGAAUUGAUACAGAAUUGUGCAUGGAUUUACUUGCGCUGUCUCGUCCCCUUCCCGUCACAUUUCAUCGAGCGUUUGACAUGGUUUAUGAUCCUAUGCUUGCCAUGGAAACCCUCAUCUCUCUGGGAUUUGAGCGGGUGCUGACCAGCGGCUGUGACAGUACGGCGUUGGAAGGUCUGCCUCUGAUUAAGAGACUGGUGGAACAGGCCAAAGGAAGAAUUAUAGUUCUGCCAGGGGGUGGCAUCACUGAGCGGAAUUUGCAGAGGAUACUUGAGGGAGCCGGGGUUCAGGAAUUCCACUGUUCUGCACGUUCCACCAAGGACUCCACAAUGAAGUACAGGAACAAUUCUGUAUCCAUGGGAGCAUCCCUUUCUACCUCUGAGUAUUCUAUCAAGGUUACAGAUGUGGCAAAGGUGAGAACCUUGAACGCUAUGGCAAAAAACCUCUUGUGAGCUGCUAGGACCAUCUGAAGAGCUGAGAGCGGGGCUUGUGGAGGUUGUAUCA